CAUAUUUCAUCGACCGAAGAAAUAGAAACAUAAACAAGCUGUAAUAUGUAAAAUAUCAUUAGCCUUUAGAAUAUAAUAAUUCAAAACAUCUUGCAGUCAUUGUUUGACGCUUCAUUAAAGUCAAAUUUUAAAUAAGGAGGAUGGCGACUGAAAGCGAGUGUCCUGGUGGAGAGCCGGUAGACCUGUAUAUCUAUGACCUGACGCAGGGCCUUGCUGCUCUUCUAUCACCGGCUAUCAUGGGUCGGCAGGUGGAGGGAGUGUGGCACACAUCGCUGGUGGUGUUUGGUCGCGAGUACUACUACGGAGGCGGGGGCAUCGCCUCUGCACCUAUCGGCGGCACGAUGGCGGGGCAACCUCGCGAGAUUCAGCGACUUGGCGUGACAUAUGUCCCGGCGGCCGUCUUCCGUGAAUACUUGCAGGGGCUGGCUGCCACCACGUUCGCAGGCUCAGCUUAUUCCCUCCUAGAACACAACUGCAACCACUUCACAGAUGAAGUAGCACAGUUUCUGUGCGGCGCGCGCAUACCCAAGCACAUCGUGCAACAACCCGAGACGGACUUACCCGCUCCCUUACGCGCUGCUUUGGAAAAUUUACUGCGGACGCCAGACGGUGGCCAGUCGAUCAAUGGCGGAGGCGUGCGGUACGACCGGCAAGACAGCCCGGACUAUCUCACACUGAACACUCAGAUCGAGGAGGCCAGGGCCCAGUCAACGGUCUUGGAGCAGAGACGUACCGCACUGGCCGAUAAGUUGGCCCGCAAGGAGCGCCGUCGCGAGAAGAAACGCCGCAAGCAAGGCGGGGGCGACCAGAGCAAUGACCAAGACAUGGCAGAAGCUGUAGAAGCACCCCCACAGGAAGAGCUGCGCGCCCGCGCCGGGCCCAGCAGUGAGCCAGAAGAGGACGAGCGUAGUGCUGCCGAGCAGAGACGCAGGGCCAAGGACCCUCCUAUCACCUUCAAGGACAUCGACGGUGCCGCAGAGUUCGCGAAGCUGCAAGCGGCCGUGGCCAACCUCACGUUAUCUCCUGAAGAACACCAGUCUUUGAGCGAGCUGGAACAGUACUUGGUGCAGGGAGAAGGCAGCUGGGCGCUUGGCGAUGAGUUCCUAUCAUUCAUCGGUCGUCUGCUAAACGCGGACAGCUCAGAAGAGAUCAGGGUGGCGACGCUCCGCUGCCUGGCGGCCAUGGCGCUGCGCGACGACGUGUCGCUGCUGCUGCACCAGGACCGGCGCUCCCACGCCGUCAUGAACUACGCGCGCCGCAUCGACCAGCUGCCCGCCGCCGAGCAGACCGCGCUGGCGCUAGCGCUCUGCAACCUGUUCGAGAACAUCUCCUCAUCAGAGUGGCUGCUGUACAUCAGCGAGUGGGAGGUGGACGGCCAGCCCGUCUCCAACAUCCGCGUCACCACCAAGGUGGCCGUGCACGCGACGCUGAGCGAGGACGCGACGCUGCGCGACAUCGGCACCGCGCUCAUGUACAACAUGGCCACCAAGGAGCGGCUCAGCGCCGGCCGCGCGCUGCGGGACCUUCUGCCGAAGCACGCCAAGUCCAAGGUGUUCGACGACGUGUCCGUGGAGCUGGCCAUGGCGCUGCUGCAGCUGCUGGCCGGCGCGCCCGGCGAGGAGCUGCUGUUCCGCGCCGUGGCGGCCUUGGCGCGCCUCGCGCACCACUCGUCGGAGGUCGGCCAGCUGGUCGCCAUGGUGGGGCCUCCGCCCGAUAACUACAGAGGCAUGAGUCCGCGUUGCGACGAGAAGAUAGACCUCAUCAUGCAAAAAGUGAAGUAAACCUAGUCUAGAUCUUAUCACCAUAGCAUAUAGUAUAUUUCACCAACGCAUUUUCUCGCGGUUCCAUACCUUGAUUAUUGGUACUUAGAAAUUUCUUUUUAUUAGCGUGGGCCGGCCUCAUUUAUCAUUGUUAUUAAUUUAUUGAAAUAUUUAUUUAUGUAAUAUUUGCAAUUUUAAAUGCAUUUGUUCUUUGGCCGGCGCUGCGGAGUUAGAUUUUGGUUAUUGUAAAUAAAGUUAGAUAUCGGUAAGGGAAUUUUAGUGUAAGUACCUGAUUUAAUGAGAUGUAUUGUAUUGUUACUAAUAAUAAUAUUGCGGUUAUCGUCGGAUGCUGACUGACAUUAUAUUUAUGAACUGAA